UUCGUGGAAUGAGAGAGAUUUGUGUGAUGUGUCGUUAGGUCGAAACGGUCGAGUCGAGUCGGGUCGGGUCGUGUACCUUUUGCCACGAAUGUUUUGCCAGUCAGGCUCUAAAACCGUACGAGACCAGCUGAGAUUUCGCUGCUCCGCAUGACGCGCGCAUUUAUCAGAUACUUCUUGUACUUGUGCAGUGCCUGAAAAUUUUCCAAGUCUUUUCCAUCACACAUCGCGAGUGCCGAGCGGGAAAUCGAAUCUGAAUCUUAAUCUGAAUCUGAAUCUGAUCGAAAAAAAAAAAACGCCAAGUGUUUGCUUACAGCGGCGUGCUAAGAGAUGUGCUCAACUUAAAAAAUUAAAUUAUUUAUUUAGUAAAUAAUUGCAAAGCACAAAACGCACUAAAAAUACAAAAUAAAUAUACAAAUAUUAACGAGACGAGCUAGGACUCCGAGUGCAGCGCGAAAGUGUAUUCCAGCGAUUAUAACACGUGUUCCGAGCCGGCCGCCAAAAUUAUUACGCACAAUUCGCUGAGCGUGUACGGUGGCGGCGUCAUGUGCGCCUCCCCGUCCACGGCUCCCGGCUUCUUCAAUCCGCGCCCCCAGUCCGGCGCCGAGCUGUCCGCCUUCGACCUUGGACUCUCGCGGUCCAUGGGUCUGGGCGUCCCGCCGCACGGCGCCUGGCACGAGCCGCACUCCUCCUCGCUGGGCGGUCACCUGCACGCUGCAUCGGCGGGUCCUGGUGGCUCUCUGGCCACCGGAGGCACCACCACCGGAGGCAGUGUGUCCGCCGGUGGCGGCCAGACCACGCCCAGCAGCGUGGCCAGCCAACAGUCGGCGGUGAUCAAGCAGGACCUCUCGGCAAAUCUCAACCAGAACAACCACCAUGGUGGCGGUAUAAAGGAGGAUCUCUCCAGCCUGCCCAGCUCCAACGGAGGCUCCGCCGGCGGACACCACUCCAGUGGGGGCAUCCCCACCGGUCACAACUCGGACAUGCUGCCCCUGAUCAAGGGACACGGCGGCGGCGGCGGCCAGGAGAUGCUCACCAGCAUCAAGGGCCAGCCCACCGGCUGCGGCAGCUCCACGCCCAGCUCCCAGGCCAACAGCUCGCACUCGCAGAGCAGCAACAGCGGAUCACAGAUCGACAGCAAGCAGAACAUCGAGUGCGUCGUCUGCGGCGACAAGAGCUCCGGCAAGCACUACGGCCAGUUUACCUGCGAAGGUUGCAAAUCUUUCUUCAAGCGCUCGGUGCGACGAAAUCUCACAUACUCGUGCCGCGGCAGCAGAAACUGCCCCAUCGAUCAGCAUCAUCGCAACCAAUGCCAAUACUGCCGCUUGAAGAAGUGCCUCAAGAUGGGCAUGCGGCGCGAAGCUGUCCAGCGUGGCCGCGUUCCGCCAACACAGCCCGGACUGGCCGGCAUGCACGGCCAGUACCAGAUCGCCAACGGAGACCCCAUGGGCAUCGCUGGCUUCAAUGGGCACUCGUACCUUAGUUCCUACAUCUCGCUGCUGCUCCGGGCGGAGCCGUACCCCACGUCCCGCUACGGCCAGUGCAUGCAGCCCAACAACAUUAUGGGCAUCGACAACAUCUGCGAGCUGGCCGCGCGGCUGCUCUUCUCGGCGGUCGAGUGGGCCAAGAACAUCCCCUUCUUCCCGGAGCUCCAGGUGACCGAUCAGGUGGCCCUCCUGCGCCUUGUCUGGUCGGAGCUGUUCGUGCUGAACGCCAGCCAGUGCAGCAUGCCGCUCCAUGUGGCGCCGCUGCUGGCGGCCGCCGGCCUGCACGCUUCCCCGAUGGCCGCCGACCGUGUGGUGGCCUUCAUGGAUCACAUCCGCAUCUUCCAGGAGCAGGUGGAGAAGCUGAAGGCGCUGCAUGUCGACUCCGCGGAGUACUCCUGCCUCAAGGCGAUUGUGCUCUUCACCACUGGUAAGUUGCUGGACAUCCUUUACAAGGAUGUGCCGGCGCUGCUCACCAAGGUUUCAGCACUGCUCGGCAAGGGCAGCUCCCCGGCGACCAACGACGACAUUCUGGGCGUGGUGCGUGAGCACCUGGACGAACUCAAUCGCCUCGAGCUGGAGUCACAGGCGCCACAGCAGGCACCGCUCCAUCUGGCGGCGUUUAUGAAGAGCGUGGCCGGCGUCGAGGCUGCAGUGCAGCAGGCGGAGCAACUGCAGCAGGUUCAGGCUUCUGCCUCUGCCUCUGCGGCUACUGCUCCUGCUCCAUUGGUGCCCUCCGCUGGUAGUGCCUUCAAGCCCGCCGGUAAUGGCAAUGCAACCGGCUCCGGCUCUGAGGUGGACCUUCUGGCCAGUCUGUAUGCCCAGGCACAAGCCACGCCUCCGAGCAGCGGCGGCGGCGGCGAGGCCUCUACGGGGCAUAACAACAGCAGCGGGCUGGGCGCCUCGCUUCCUACUCAAUCGCAAAGCGGUUCGUCCUCCCGCAACCUAACCGCCUCGCCGCUGAGUACUUCGCUGACAUCCGCUCAUGCUCCCGCUCCUGCUGCUCCCCCCUCUUCUGUCCCAGUGACAUCCGUGUCCACCGCCUCCUCCUCCUCCUCGCUGGCCGGUGGAGCCUAUCAGACGCCCUCGGCUGCGGCGGCGGCGGCAGCUAUGUUCCAUUACCAAACGCCACCGCGCGCCGCCUUCGGCUCGGCCUUCGAUAUGUUCCACCACAGCACGCCCUUCGGAGUGGGAGUGGGUCACGCCCACGCCCUGGCCCACUCGGCGGGCGGUGGGAGCGCGUCCUUCGGCAGCCCCAGCUACAGGUACUCGCCGUAUAGCCUGGCCGGCAGUAGAUGGCAGUUGUAGGAUCUCGCAGAGUCACGCCCCUGUACUUACCUGUAAAUGUAUCCGUAUCUGUAUGUGUAUCUGUAUAGCGCGAGGUCAGCCCUUGUACAUUAAUUUAGUGCCUACUGCUAGUAUCUACCUAUUUAUUGCCUUACGCUAAGUCUAGUUUAGUCUAGUGGUAACUGCUUAGAUUCGCCUAGAGAACUUUGCCAAAAACCGAAUGCCAAGAAUCGAUAGUGGAGGAGAGAAGAGAACUUUAAGAAUAUAUAUAAAGCUGUUGCUGUUAAACAAAAAUCUAAUCCUGGCCUGUGUUUUUACUCGUUAUCUGUUACUAAUGCUUAAUCGCUUGUUGACUAGUUCUAGUAUUUUAUUUCGUUGCUUUAUUUUGGUGAACUAACACUAUAUAAUUAUUUAUUUUAUAUUUUAUUUUAUUUAAUAUUUUGUUAUUUUUGAUUAACCAACAAACUAACAUUUCCCCGUUUGAGCCGCAAGGUCAAGUCCACCCCUAAGUAUACUUUGUAUUUAUUACCUUAAUUUGCCUUUGAGAUCCUACUAAAUUGUGGUUUAAAUUUGAAUUAUUUUUGAAAAUUUUUAGAACUAUAGAACAUUAUUUUACAGGUUUUUCAGAUUUCUUAUACAUAUUCAAUCAUGAGUUGAUUUUAUGCAUUUUGAAAUGUUAAAUAAUUGAAAUACAAGUUUUUUAUGAAAAAUGUACAUCUAAUUCAAUGGAUUGGUUUUAGUUUCCGUAAAUUUGAAAGAAACUAAAACUAUUUUUUCAUUGUAAAUUCUAUUUAAAUAUUAAAUUGGUUACAAUAUAGAUUUCAAACCAUUUCAAUCUCAACAAAAAAGUAAAUCUUUGAUUAGCUAUUUUUAAUUUCUUAAUUUAAUUGAAAUUAAAAUUAUUUAAUCGAUUUUUAAU